AUGAAUACUACAACGACUGGUACAAUUACAAAUGCAACAGCAACUGCAACCACAACUACUAUUAUAAGCACAACUACUACACAAAAAUCAUCCUUUGUGCCAUUACGUGGAAGUGCUAUCGAUAUUCAUCCAAAUGCUCGAUGGCAACAAAAUGGUAUUACAGUAGCUGGAGGAAAUGGAGAAGGAAAUGGAAUUAAUCAACUCUGCGAACCAGCGGUUUUGUUUAUUGAUGACGAACAAACAAUUUAUGUCACUGAUCAACGCAAUCAUCGUAUUAUGGAAUGGAAAAGAGGUGCGACGACUGGCCAAGUGGUUGCUGGUGGAAAUGGACAAGGAAGUGGAGCUCAUCAAUUGUCUAACCCACGAGAUGUGAUUGUGGACAAAGAGACAGAUAGCCUCAUCAUAUGUGACUAUUCGAAUGACAGAGUGGUUCGAUGGUCUCGUCGAAAUGGAACAAUUGGAGAAACAAUCAUAUCCAACAUUGAUUGUUGGGGCUUGACAAUGGAUGAGAAUGGAUCUCUCUAUGUUGUUAACAGUGGAAAACAUGAAGUGAGACGAUAUCGAAGAGGAGAAUCUCAAGGAACAGUGGUUGCAGGUGGCAAUGGAAAAGGAGAUCGUCUCGAUCAACUCAAUUACCCACGACAUGUAUUCGUCGAUCGAGAUUAUUCAUUGUACGUAUCUGAAUGGGAGAAUCAUCGUGUGAUGAAAUGGUUGAAAGAUGCAACACACGGCAUUGUCGUGGCUGGUGGUCAAGGAGAAGGAGAUGGUCUUACACAGUUAUCAGCCCCUCGAGGAGUCGUUGUCGAUCAAUUGGGCACUGUCUAUGUGACUGAUCAUUACAAUGAGCGAAUCAUGCGUUGGCCCAAAGGAGCUACACAAGGAAGCAUCAUUAUUGGUGGAAACGGAAGAGGAGAACAACCGAAUCAACUGGAUUGGCCCGUGGGUUUGUCAUUCGAUCGACACGGCAAUCUCUAUGUGGUCGAUUACGGAAAUCAUCGAGUGCAAAAAUUUAACAUUGCCUCAAAUACUUAA